AUGGAAAACAAAGAGUUAGAGUAAGAAAUCAAAAAGAAAAUAACAAACAUCCCACUCAAAGAUAGAGCAAAAGUUACAGCUCUCAGAUACUAUUUAAAUAAAUGCAAAUAAGCUGAUACAGACAUGGAAACUACUUGUGAUAAUAUCCAAUCGAAAUAUGACAAAUUGAGUAUGCCCAUCUAUCAAAGAGCUGAUGAGAUUAUUUUGGGCACAGCCUAAUUGAAUGAAUAAAACCUUGGUUUGGCAGCUAAAUUACUAUCAGAGGAAGAUUUGCAACAAUUCAAUCAAGCUCCUAAAGAAUCCAAAGCCAUUCCUGAUUAUUGGUUGAAAGUGUUCAAGAAUGCCGAUUUGUAGGAAUUGCCAUUAUCUGAAAGAGAUGCUGAAGCCUUCAAGUUCUUACAGAAAAUUGAAUUCACAUUGGCUGAGAAUGAUUCAGACUUCUUCCUCAAAUUCCACUUUGCAGAAAACCCUUUCUUCAAAUAAACCGUUUUGGAGAAGAAGUUCUAUUACGAAGACGAUGAGUUGACUAAAGUAGAAGCAACUAAAGUUGAAUGGCAUGAUGGAAAGAAUUUAACUAAGAAAUUAAUUAAGAAGAAAUAAAGAAAUAAGAAGACUGGACAAUUUAGAGUAAUUUCUAAGGAAGUUGAUGACGAGAGUUUCUUCUUGUUUUUCAGAUCAAUCGAUAUAUCCAAUAAGGAGAAGUAUGACAAAUUACCUGAAGAUGAAUAAAUCUCAUUGUAAGGUCAAUUGGAUGUUGACUAGGAUGUGGGCAGAGAGAUAGUUGAUGAAUUGUUGCCAUAUUCUCUUGAAUACUUUUUGGGAAUAAAGGAAUUCAAGACUGAAGAUGAUGGAGGUGCUGAAGGAGAGGAGGAUGAUGAAGAAGAUGAUGAGGAAGUAGAAGUUCCAGCAAAAGGAUAAAACAAGGGAAAGGACAAGAAGAAGAAAUGAUUUAUGUAUAUUAAUUUUUUUAAUUGUACAUUUAAUGAUGUAUUCAAUAAA